GUAACUUCCGGUUGUCAGAAUCCUCCGGACGCGGCGGCGGCGGCGGCGGCGGCGGCGCCGGUGGCCCGUGAGGGGAGGCCGUGGGACCCUAGGUCGCCGUGGCCCGGUAGUGGCGGGCCCCGGGUAGGCUCGCCUCAUCCUCCCGCGCUGCCAUGCAUCCGCGGCGCCCGGAUGGAUUCGAUGGCUUGGGCUACCGGGGCGGGGCCCGGGACGAGCAGGGCUUCGGCGGCGCUUUCCCUGCAAGGUCUUUCAGCUCCGGCUCGGACCUGGGCCACUGGGUGACGACUCCCCCAGACAUCCCAGGCAGCCGCAACCUGCACUGGGGCGAGAAGAGCCCGCCGUUUGGCGUGCCCUCCGCCUCCACGCCGCACGAGGUCCCCGCGGAGGAGCCCUUUCCUGGCACUGGCGGCGGCGGCGUGCAGGGGCAGAGCAGCGAACAAUUGAAUAGAUUUGCUGGAUUUGGUAUUGGACUUGCAAGUCUUUUUACAGAAAAUGUGCUGGCCCAUCCUUGCAUUGUCCUACGCCGUCAAUGUCAGGUUAAUUAUCAUGCUCGGCAUUAUCAUCUCACUCCAUUUACAGUCAUCAAUAUUAUGUACAGCUUCAACAAAACUCAGGGACCAAGAGCCCUGUGGAAAGGAAUGGGAAGUACAUUUAUUGUCCAAGGAGUCACACUUGGAGCAGAAGGCAUAAUUAGUGAAUUCACACCCUUGCCAAGGGAGGUUUCACACAAAUGGAGUCCUAAACAAAUAGGAGAACAUCUUCUAUUGAAAUCCCUAACUUAUAUAAUAGCAAUGCCUUUUUAUUCAGCAAGUCUAAUUGAAACAGUACAGCUGUCUUCUGCCUCCAACAUCAGUUUUUCAGUAUGUAGUGAAAUAAUUCGAGAUAAUACCGGCAUUUUGGAAUGUAUUAAAGAAGGAAUUGGAAGAGUGAUAGGCUUGGGAGUGCCUCAUAGCAAACGACUUCUUCCGCUUCUUUCCUUGGUCUUCCCCACGGUGCUGCAUGGCGUUCUUCAUUAUAUCAUCAGCUCAAUCGUGCAGAAGUUUGUUCUCCUGAUUCUAAAGAGAAAGACUUAUAAUAGCCACUUAGUUGAGAACACUAGCCCCGUGCAGAAUAUGUUGGAUGCUUACUUUCCAGAACUUAUUGCUAACUUUGCUGCCAGUCUUUGCUCUGACGUUAUACUUUACCCACUGGAAACAGUUUUGCACCGCCUUCACAUUCAAGGAACACGCACAAUAAUUGACAAUACAGACCUGGGCUAUGAAGUACUUCCAAUUAAUACGCAGUAUGAGGGAAUGAGAGACUGCAUCAAUACGAUAAGGCAGGAGGAAGGAGUGCUUGGUUUUUAUAAAGGGUUUGGUGCUGUUAUAAUACAGUAUACACUGCAUGCAGCUGUCUUACAGAUUACCAAAAUUAUUUACUCUACACUUCUUCAGAAUAGUGUUUGAGAUUAUGUUUCAUCACUGGCUAGUCCAGAAGGUGUACCUGGACAAUUUGCUAUGAACUGAUGAGGGCUAAAAUGAAAGACUGGGGGGAAAAUGGAGUGGGAAGUGAACCUGGCAGACAAAGCCCAUUCAGAUUAUGUUGACACUUUUUUUUUUUUAAAGAGAUAUGUAUUUUUUUUUCCUUUUGGAUCAAACCUAUUGAAGAUUUGGAAGCUAAAUAAAAAUAACACAUGUAUAAUUUAAAUUUUAGCUAUUGUAGCACUCAUGCUGAAAUAAUUAUACAGGGCAGAAGCAAAAAUUUAUCAUCAAUGUAAAAAAAUUUCAGAGUGUAAUCUUUCUGACCUUCAUAUUUGCUACAUGCUUAUUUUACCUUCUAGAUUGAUACUGAUAUCUCUUUAAUAUAGCCUGUAAUAUCAGUUUUUACCUUUAAAAAAUCAGUCACGUCAUCAUUGAAAAAGAGUAUUAGAUUUGGCAAUCUGUAAGCAGGAGGCAAAGGUUUUAAAUUGCAUUUAUAAAUAUUUUCAUGGCCAUUAUACAUGUAUUAUAUAAAGCCAUUUAUGCACUAACAUAUAACUUGGAAUUUCCUUCAUUCUUACAAAUUCUGUAUUCUUAGGUCAGCUUAUUGCAUAAAAUGAAAUUAUAUGCUUUCUGCUUGAACAUCAGAAUAAAACAUCAAAAGCCAAGGUGCCCCCAGAAUUUAAGUCAAAAAUAGCACACCUGUCCAUCUCCAAACUCAGUGUUUCCACGCCAGCAGCUUAAAAUUUGAUAUAAAUUUAUACAGAUUGGUUUGCUUAGCUAUUUAAGUGAAUUGUCAAGCGAUUUUUAGAACCAGUCAUAAGAGGAAGUAUAAUCAUGACAACUGUUACUGUUUUCACAUUUACAAAUUGUGUACUUGGAACCUCACUUGCCUUUCAUUUCUGAAUGACUUGUCUUAGAAGAACAAAAUUAAAAUUCACCUGCAAAUUGUGCCUUUUCUACUGUAGAGUCAUUAUUAAAUAAUGGCUUCACUUUUUAUUUUCUUUCAGGUUUUGCUUAAAGUUUUGUUCACCUCUAGAUUCUCAUAAAGGGAAAAUGGAAGUUAUCCUUAACACCUUUUAAAUUUGGUUAGAUGAAUACUAAAGAAAAAAUGCAAACCUUAAGGGAAAUUUGUCCUUGUGUUGUCUGGAUGAGGAGCAAAAUGUAUAUUUCAACAAAUAAGGAAAAACAAUUUUUUUUAAUCAGUGUAGUUUAAAAAAGUUCUUUCAAUUAAAUUUUAAUUUGAAGAGUUAGACUCUUUUUUAUAGUAAAAUAAUAUGUGUUUGGCCUAUCAUUAAACAUUUUAAAAUGUCAUUUCUUUAUUUGAAUAUCACUGUUUUAAUAUAAACUGUUUACCUCUCUGAAGCACUGAGACUUUGCACUAAUGUUAUCCAACCUAGAAUGUACACAAACCAAAAUUUAGUUUACUUGUUAAAUGUCACAUAAAUGGUUACUUUUUGAGAUUAAUCAUGUUGGAACAAAAAAUAUUCAAAAAGUAUGAAACAUAAAAUAACAAUUCUCUCUACUGUCUUGAGUUUGUGCAUUUGAAUUUUAGUUACUGAAACUACAUAAGGUUUCCGUUUUUUAAUUUUAGCCGCACUAAAGGGGGAAAAUAAAAUCAAAUAUUGAUCAUGUUUAGUAUUUUAUAGUUAACUUCUUUUAGAUUAUGGUUUUUAAAUUGAUUUCUUCUCAACUGCUAAAUGAUUUUAUGUGUAUGUAAUAUAUUCAUCUUUCUGGAAAAUUUUCACUUUUAUUAUAAUCAAGGUGGUUUCAGACAAGAGUAAGCCAGAAAAUUUCAAGGUUUAGGAAAUUUCUAGAAUACAAUCUGAAUGGAAUCAAGUGUUUACUAAUGAAAAUCUGUGGAUUCUUUAUUGAGCUAAAAAUUUCAUAUUUCAAUAUUAUUAGAAGUUAGCAUGGACAUACAGUUAGAUAAAUUUGUUUCAAUAUGGAAUCAUUCCAAUAGGCUGAACCAUGUACUAUUCAGGUUUGUCUUAUUUUCUGUCUUUUUGGAUAAAGCAAAAAUUAACAUUAAAACUAAUAUUGAAAAGUGGUAAGUAAAAUAUUGAUUAAUCAAGCAUUCAAGUUUUAGCUAGCCAAAUUAUUUCAAUUAUUUUACAAGAGUAAGUAAAAUAACCACCAUCUCCCUUUUAAAGUUGCUAAUUUUUUUUACAUAUGGGGGUGCCAAUAUCUAAUAUCUAUUGGCUGCAUUUCUUAAGGUAAUAAUAGUUCAGUAUAGUAUUUUUGAAUUCAGUAUGAAUAAUAGUGUUAAGGAUAAGAUUUAUUAAGUUCCACAGGCCCAAUAAAUUUCUUAAAUAAACCAGAGUUAGUAGGCCAUGGAGCUUUUGAUAUGCUUGCCUUACAUGAUAGGGCUUCUUAAUUUGGGUCAAAUAGAUUAAGAGUAAUUGAACUAAAACCUGAUAAAUAUUAACCUAUUAUGUUAAAUAAAUUUAUUAGUUGUUUUACUAAAUAUGUGUAUAUAAACUAUGCUGAGUUGCCUUUCUCAAUUUUGUUUCAUAGGCCCUUAAAAGAAAUCCCUAGGUUAUUAAAGUUAUUUAUUCAAAUUCCAAACUCUCAGCACUAGAUACUAUAAGUAUGAAAGAGUAAAAUAGCUAACCUAGAAAUUGUUAUGGGUCAGGGCAUGUACACCUUAGCUGUUUUACUUAGAAACAAAACUGGAGAGAUGAGGGGACUUUCUCAGUUUAACAGAUUUGCCUGCCUACUCACAACUCUUCACCGCUGACUUCGUCAUAGUUGCAAAAAUCAUUCGCUUAACUGACUGGAUACAAAUGCUUCAAUAUUCAUAUGUAAGUAUUCAUAUGUCUGUUGACAAAAUUUCGGGGAAAGAAAUGUGAGUUGUUCUGUCAACCGAGAUAGAGAAUGUUUGCCCUCUGGUUGUUCCCCGAUAGAACAGAAAAAACUACUCUGCCAGCUCUUCAAAACAUAGCCAGGUUUGAAUUCUUUUCAAAUCUUUAAGCAAGUGAAAUCCCUCAGUAGCAAUUCACAUUGCACUAGCAUUUGAGUGGUAAUUAACGUUAGCAUUUCUGCCUUCUCUUUCUUCUCUUUAAAGUAGUUGUACUUAAUCUCUACCCUUCUCAUAAAGUGAAUGUGUAAUGUCUUAAUUUUGAGUCAUUGAGUAUCACUGAAAUGGUACCAAGUUGUAUAGCAGAGUUAAAAAAAAAACUUGUGUUUUGAUAAUGAAUCUUAGAUAUUAUUACCUCA